AUGGAUGUAGCUCUCGAGCUUCUCGAUCCCCUCAUUCUGGAUAAGGCCUAUGCUUGGGCGCUGCCUCAUCCCGGCGUCAGCAUAACCAAUUCCUCAUACUCCAGUCUCUCGGCCGCCGACACGGUGCCUACAUCUCUAUGGGCGCGAGACAACAUCUAUCGUCAAAUCAUAUCGAUUCUCAUCAUCACUCAGCUCGGCGCAACUUCUCUCUACCUCAUUUUCAGCGCUCUAUCCUACUACUUCAUAUUUGACCGACGGCUCGAGUACCACCCUCGCUUCUUGCAGAAUCAAGUCCGCCAAGAGAUCAAAUCAUCGCUAUCUGCCGUUCCGGUCAUCAACAUUCUGACCCUCCCAUUGUUCCUGGCCGAGGUCCGUGGCAAAAGCUUGCUUUACUCCGAAGUGAGCGACUAUGGCUGGCCAUGGCUAUUGAUCUCGUCGAUACUGUACAUGGCUUUCAAUGAUAUUGCCAUCUACUGGAUUCAUCGCCUGGAACAUCACCCGAGCGUGUACAAGUACAUUCACAAGCCACACCACAAAUGGAUCGUUCCCACGCCUUGGGCUGCGCUGGCUUUCCACCCGCUUGAUGGAUAUGUACAGUCUCUGCCAUACCACCUCUUUGUUUUCGUUUGUCCGAUGCAGAGAUACCUGUACAUGGUCCUCUUCAUUGCUGUCCAGAUCUGGACCAUCCUAAUCCACGACGGCGACAUGAUUUCGGGCCAUUGGACGGAGAAAUUCAUCAACAGCCCUGCGCACCACACGCUGCACCACAUGUACUUCACCGUCAACUAUGGACAAUACUUUACCUGGGCCGACAGCUAUUUCGGCUCGCACAGGGCACCGGAGCCAGCGCUGGAUCCUCUCCAUGAUGCACUCAAGGUGAUGCGCGCGAAAGGACUCGUGGAUGAGCAGGGCAACCCAACCAAGAAGCCGAAAGGGGAGUAA